AUGACGGAUUUUGAACAAGAGGGAGAUGAUGGUACUUUGAGGUACCAAGGCAGAUUAUGUGCUCCAAAUGUAGAUAGACUUAGAGAAAGAAUUAUGGCAAAGGUACACAGAUCACGAUAUUCUAUCCAUCCAGGCGCUACAAAAAUGUACCAUGUCCUUAAGGAGGUUUAUUGGUGGAAUGACACGAAGAAGAACGUGGCGGAUUAUGGGCUAAGUGUCCAAAUUGUCAGCAAAUCGAGGUUUCUAGUUUACAUUGGGAAGCCUUUUCACAAGAAAUUGGGUACCAAUGUGAAUCUCAGUACUGUUUUUCACCCUCAGACAGAUGGCCAGGCAGAAUGCACUAUUCAAAUUCUUGAGGAUAUGUUGAGAGAAUGUGUCCAAGAUUUUAAAUAUAAUUGGGAUGAUCACUUGCCUCGCAUUAAAUUCGCUUAUAAUAAUAGUUGUCUGCCAAUACCAAGAUAG